UUGUCAAUAUGGUCGUUCCAUGGACUGUAUUGUGUAAUUUUGAUAUCAGGAUAUUAUUUGUGUGAAAUAAACUAUUAGUUUCGAAUGAAAAUGUCUAACGGGAUUAUUUCUGUAAGAAAAAGCAUCGAUUAAAUUUCAUCUUUAACUGAUCAUCCAAUUGAGUGAUUUUCAUUGAGAAAAUAAAAAAAAAAAUAUAUAUAUAUAUAUAUAAAAAUAUAUAUUAUACACAUAUAAGCAAUUGCGUUACACAUAAUGUUAUUGAUUGAUAUUUUGAUGACCUUCGUAUCAAUAAAUAAACGACCGAAUUAUGCUGUUAAAAGUGUAAGGGGUAUAUUACCAUUAAUGAAAUUCGCAUUUGUUUUGGUAACAAUAUUUGCUGUCUGUGAACUAUUACCAUUUACCAUCGGUGCUGAACAUUUGGGAAAUCCUUAUGAAAUAUUAGGUAUUCCAAGACAUGCUACUUUACGGGAUAUUCGAAAAGCAUACAAAAACCUUGUCAAGGAAUGGCAUCCUGACAAAACGGAUCAUCCAGCCGCUGAAAAUAAAUUUGUGGAAAUAACAAAAGCUUAUGAGCUUCUUACAGAUCCUGAAAGAAGGAGAAAAUUUGAUAAUCAUGGGAUUACCGAGGAAGGUUUUCUCAGACAGAGAAGAGAAAGUAGCCAUGUAAAUAUGUUAGAUCCAUUGGAAGAAUUAUUCAGCGGAAAUUAUAAAUUUCAUUAUCAAAAUCGUGAUAUAGCAUUGUUCCAUAAAAUGAGCAUUACAUACAGAUCCUUUGAAAAUGUGAUAGUACCAAAGACUUAUCGCACACCAUAUUUAAUUUUAUUCUAUUCGGAUUGGUGUUUUGCAUGUUUACAAGUUGAACCAAUGUGGCGACGUUUGAUUGAUGAAUUAGAACCAUUAGGUGUUGGUUUAGCUACAGCACAUGCUGAGAAAGAAUCAUCUUUGGCUAGACGACUUGGAAUGCAUACACUUCCUUGCCUUGUUAUUACAAUGGAUGGGCGUACUAGUGUUUACAAAGAAUCGUUAUUUAGCGUUCAAAAAGUUGUUGAGUUUUUACGAAAUAAGUUCCCAUACAGAUUAAUACAAACUGUGAAUAAUAACAAUAUAGAUGCUUUUUUAUCUGGUUGGGCGGAUAACAGAAUACGUGCAUUGGUAUUUGAGAAAAGAGAUUCAGCACGUUUACGUUACUUGCUUAUGGCAUUUUAUUACAGAGCUCGUGUAGCUUUUGGCUUUGUACAGAUUGGUAAACCAGAAACAGAGGCAAUCAUAUCAAAGUAUAAAAUUUCCGGUGACUUAGAUACUUUGUUACUUUUUAACGAAAAUUUUGAAAAACCAAUGGCAUCAGUUAGUAUGAAAGAUAUACCAACAGAAACGAUGCAUAAUGUGAUAGCAAGUAAUAAGUUCCUUGUUUUACCAAGAUUAUCGAAUCAAGCAGUUUUAGAUUCAGUUUGUCCUCCGGAAUGGCUCAGACCACGAAAACGAUUAUGUGCAGUAUUGAUAUCUCAACAAAAUAGUGCAGUUCAUGAUUUAGCUAGGCACAAAUUUAGACAAGCGGCACUUGAAUCGUCUUACAGCACUGAACGAGUCAGAUAUACCUACGUAUUUAAAGAUACCCAACCAGAAUUUGUCUCUGCUUUAUCAGCUGGUGAAGGUAGCCCAUUAGAACCAUUAAUGCACAUUGUUAUUAUAUGGAGGAGAGAUGCCAAUCAUUUGAAAUACGAAUGGUUAUCUAAGGGAUGGUUUGAAGCUGCUCAAGAUGAAAAUAAAUGGAACGAAACUCGUCAUACUUUGGAACAAACAUUACAAAGAUUGUUAUGCGCUUCUGAAGCUCUUUCAUAUGCAGCUAUAGUAGGAGAAUUAGCAGACGAGCAUGCACAAGGUACUGUAGAUAGGCUUAUAGGAAGAGCAUUAUUAGCUGUUGAUUAUAUAUCCGAUAGCUUUACGAAAGAACAAAUAUUACCUUUAAUGUCAGUAUUAGCUACUUUGAUGUUGAUCGGUGCUGCAGGAUAUGGAAUGUCAUACCUAGUAAAGUUGGAAGAAGCGAGCGUUCAAGCUGAGAAAGCACAGCAUAAGGAAAAAGUGAAUUCUAAUGCAUCACAACCGCAAUUAAGAUUGCACGAAUUACGCGCUGAAAAAUACAAUGGACUCGUUCGUCUAUUAAAACCAGGCUGUCGAACAAUUAUAUUGCUCGUAGAUUCUCAAAGUAGAUUAAAGUUACUGCCAGCUUUUCACAAAGCCGUGUGGCCUUAUAGGAAAAAUAAAACACUUAUGUUUGGACAUAUGUCGUUAGAGAAAGGUCUUGAUUGGUAUAAAAAAUUACUUUCCUUGACUUUACCAGAACAAAAGGAACUAAAUAUUAAUGCGAGAAAUUGCGUUGGCACAGUUUUGUCUUUAAAUGGACAUCGUAAAUAUUUCUGCAUGUAUCAUGCUAAACAUCCAGAAAAUAUUAAAGGAAAAGGUUCAAAGCGUAUGGAAAGGAUAACUAAACAAUUGAGUCAACGAACUGACGAUGCAGAAGCUGGUGCAUUUAUUGGUUUUGAUAGUUCAAAUGAAUCUGAUAUGUCUCAAGACGAAGCAAAUGGAGAUACUGUUUUAUAUCAAGAAAAUCUUCUGGAUGGAUUACCUAUGUGGCUUGAUAGAUUAUUCGAAGGUUUAACACAUCGUUAUUAUAUUAAUUAUUGGCCUGAGUUCACUGCCAAGUAAAUGAAGGCUAAAAACGCGUUUUAUAUCCUUAAAAAAAAAAAAAGAACAAAGUUUACCUAGUCAGAAAUAAAAAAGAACAAAAAACAAAAAAAAAGUUGAAUGCCAUUGCAAGGUCUGUGAUCAAUGUUAAAAAAAGAAA